AUGAAAGUUCAAAGAAUAUCUCAUAUUAUUAUUGGACUUUUUGGUAUGAUUUUAUCGGUUUGGAUGAUGAUUGGAUGUGUUGUUUCGUGGGAAUUCGACUUCUACCGCACUAUUGCUGGAUGCAUAUUCAUGUUAUGUAUCUGUUCACUCACAUUAUUCUAUCUCGUUUUUUCAAAUUUCGGGAAUGAUUACUACAUUAGUCUUCCUCGUGCAAGGCAGUCGUUCUCUGGAAUUAAAUUGUACGUUGUCAUGUUUGGACUUUUCCAUUUAAUGGUCGGAAUCGCCGUUGUUAGUCUUACUAGAGCCUGGCCCUUCUGCCUCCUUCUUUUAGCAUCAUCAUUCGUUUUCUGUGCUGAUGCAUAUUCGUGUCUGUUCACUGACACAUACAUCUUCUAUGAUCAGCGUCCAUUGAUGAACAACGAAGAGAAUUCAGACAAUGAAAUCGUUUGCCACGUAGUUGUCAGAAGAAUGUACGAGAAAAUGAAGAACACAGAAGAUUUGCCGAAGAUAUUCAAAUUUGAUGAUGAGGUGGAGGAUUAUUUGUAUUUGAAGGCGUGA